CCGAAAACAUCAACAAUAACACAAAACAAAGUAAACAAUGGAGGUGCAGAGAGUGCAAUCCAUUGCUUCCCUCUCUAAGAACACACACACCAUUCCUUCUGAAUUCAUUAGGUCAAAAAACGAGCAGCCGGCCACCACCACCUUGCAUGGAGUGGUUCUAGAGGUGCCAGUCAUCGACAUAGGCCUUACCGAUGAUUCCAAUGAAAAAAUGAUUGUUGAACUAAUAAGCGAAGCGAGUAGGGAUUGGGGGAUAUUCCAGGUGGUGAACCAUGGUAUCCCUGAUCAAACCAUAUCCAAUUUGCAACGAGUCGGGCAAGAGUUCUUUGAGCUACCGAGAGCAGAAAGAGAGUUGAUCGCCAAGACUCCUGAGUCCGGAAUUGAAGGCUAUGGAACUACCCUGCAGAAAGAGGUGGAGGGCAAGAAGGGUUGGGUGGAUCAUUUGUUUCACAAGAUAUGGCCACCUGCUGCUAUCAACUACAGGUUUUGGCCCAAGAAUCCACCUUCUUACAGAGAAGCAAAUGAAGCGUACUGUGAGAGGCUGAGAGAGGUGUAUGAUAAGUUGAUAAAGUGGCUGUCACUAGGGCUAGGGCUGGAAGAGCAAGAAAUGAAGGUGGCUAUGGGGGGAGAAGACACCGUAUUUCUAAUGAAGAUAAACUACUAUCCGCCGUGUCCCCGGCCCGACCUGGCCCUCGGAGUGGUGGCUCACACCGACAUGUCGGGUCUCACCAUCCUCGUGCCUAACCAAGUUCAGGGGCUCCAAGUUUUUAGAGAUGGUCACUGGUAUGAUGUCAGGUACAUUCCCAAUGCCCUCAUCGUGCACAUAGGAGACCAGAUUGAGAUACUGAGUAAUGGAAACUACAAGGCUGUGUUCCACAGAACUACUGUGAACAAGAACUGCACCAGGAUGUCAUGGCCAGUGUUUCUGGAGCCACCUACAGAGCUUGAAAUCGGCCCUAUUGCAAAGCUUGUGAGCGAACAAAGCCCGACAAAAUAUAAGACCAAGAAAUAUAAAGAAUAUGUUUACUGUAAGCUCAACAAGCUUCCCCAGUGAUCCUACAAAACCUGGACGUACGAAAAUUGCAUUUUACGUACCACAAUUAGUUGUUUUUGCUAUCCUCGUCUCAUUGUCUUUGAACUGACCACAUCGAAUUGUAAUUGCAAAAAUUCUGUAAUUUUAGUCCAAAGCUUUGAUUCCA